AUGUCUAAACACCGCAAUGCUGGUCUUACCCCAUUUCAAACAGUUCCAAUAUUUUCACAGAAAUGUCAGCGGUUUCGCUUCGAGCACCCUUUCACCUCCAUGAUUGCCGGAAUGACCGGGUCCGGAAAAACGGCCUGGGUUCGAUCGCUAUUGCAACAAGCUUCAGAGACCAUUUACCCUCCCCCGGAGAGGAUCGUUUGGUGUUAUUCACAAUGGCAGCCUGCGUAUACGCAAAUGUUAGUCGCCAUGCCAAAUAUUGAAUUCGUCAAGGGAAUUCCUACGGCUUUGGAACAGGAUUCCUAUUUUGAUGUGAACAAACGGAAUUUGAUCGUGUUUGAUGAUCAGAUGAUUGACGCUAGUAAAGAUAAGCGAAUUGUGAACCUCUUUACUCGUGGUUCUCAUCAUCGCAAUCUGAGCGUGAUUUAUAUCGUGCAGAAUCUAUUUCAUCAGGGGAAAGGUAGCCGCAGCAUAGGCCUAAACAGCCAUUAUCUGGUGUUAUUCAAGAAUCCACGAGACAAAUUGCAAAUCUUGACUCAGGCGAAGCAAAUGUAUCCCGGGCAGACGGAUUUCUUUGUAAAUCAGUACGAAGAGGCCGUAAAAAGACCUUUUGGUUAUCUUCUGAUUGAUCUGAAAACUAAUACCCAAGAUAAUUGUCGGUUGCGUUCAAACGUCCUGCCCAGUGAAGAAGGCUUUAACCAAGCAGGGUUUCAAGAAAAUAUUCCUCAAGAGCUUCCUAAAAUAUCUGAAGCAGCAAACUCUUUCGCCUGUCCCGCUUCUUCCAGCUAUGCAAGAAAUACAAGGCAACAUGGAUGA